UCCUCUUCUUUCAUCUCCCCCUCACGGCUUUGAUCUGCUGCUCUCACUCUCCGUCGCUCCAAACUCUGUUGCUUAUCCAAAUCCCUUGCGAUUGCAACCGUUAAACUCUUCAACGAGUCCUAGCCUGAGCCUACUUACUCCAGCCCCUCCACCUCCAGCUUCUUCAUUCAGCGGGACCUCGAGAUGGCCAAGCUAUUCAUUGGCGGCCUCGCAUGGCACACUACCGAUGAUGUUCUCCGUGAGGGUUUCUCCCGGUACGGCACCAUCGAAGAAGCUGUCGUUGUCAAGGACCGCGACACCAACCGCAGCCGCGGCUUCGGCUUCGUGCGUUUUGCCAGUGAGCCCGAAGCAGACGCAGCCAUGGGCGCCAUGAACAACCAGGAAUUCGACGGUCGUAUCAUCCGCGUGGACAAGGCCUCGGAACGGCCUGCUGCCCGCAACGGCGGUUUCCAGGGCCGCGGAGGUUACAACAGCCCUGCCGACGGAGGCUACCGUGGCGGUGGUGCCGGUGGUACGUUACCCUAUCUUCCAUGGUAUCUCCGUCCUCCCCACGUGGCACGCUUAACAUGA